AUGGGCUCAAAAGACCACACAUGUCCAUCACAUGAUCUCUCUGAAGAUGCCACUGAAGCAAUUUUUGGGACCAUGACAUUUUUCCAGUUUGAUAGAAUCUUAGCUGGAAGCUGUGUGGCAGUUGCAUGCGCCGUAAUUUUUAUUCAUCUGUCUAGUCACGCAAAUCGGCUUAGCAAUCCGAGCGAGCAAGUGAAGAUUAUGAGAAUUAGCCUUCUAGUUCCUUUCUAUUCCCUCUUCAGCUUCUUGUCAAUAUGCUUCCCAAAUGCGGAUGUCUACCUCGAGCCAUGGCUCGAGGUCUUCCAGGCAAACUCAUUAUGCGCGUUCUUCCUUCUCAUGUGUGACUUUAUAUCGCCCAAUUCCGAGAAACGAAACGACUUCUUUGCAAAAAUGACGAUCUUAGAUAAGAAAUCUCCUCAGGCUGGGAAAGCCGGCGGACUGUCUUGGUUUCGAAGUCGUUGGAUAGCGAUCUUUCAAUAUCCAAUUAUUGCAGUGCUGACAGCAAUUGCUACCGACAUUUCCGAGGCGGUGGGAACUUAUUGCCAAUAUAAGAUCGAGGUAUAUUAUACAAAGCUGUGGAUCACUAUUAUCUCUCAAGUCUCACUCACACUCGCCGUCACGUCAAUUAUCGUGUUCGUCAGGACAUUAAAUUCUGAACUUGCAGUUCAUAAACCUAUGGUAAAGCUAGUUGCGUUCAAGCUUAUAGUGUUUCUUAGCUUCGUGCAGAGUAUAAUUUUCUUAAUCUUGGGCAAUACUAGCAGCCUCAAUCCUACGUCGAAGCUUACAUAUGCCGACCUACACAUUGGAUUGCCUGCGUUACUUAGUUGUAUUGAGAUGGUGCCCAUCUCCGUAUUCUUAGCAUGGGCCUAUUCCGUGCAGCCAUACUUACUCGGCCGUGUUGCUGAUAUGGAGGAUUCAAGUGGUCGUGCAGACAUUUCAAGAUCUUACCAAGGAGGUUUCCUUGGUGUGCGCGCAUUUUUAGCCAUGUUGAAUCCUAGAGAGACAGUUGAGGGGAUAAUUCUUGCUUUCUACAUGGUUACCAAACUCAAUGAACCAUCAUGCACUUCUGACUUUGGUCAUGAUUUGGACCAUACUUACCACUCUAACACCGGCAUGAUGAGGAAUCAUCAAUCGGGAUACCAGGCUCUGGAUGGGGAGAAUAGGUGA